AUGAAAGGUGGCUGUGUGUCCCAGUGGAAGGCGGCCGCCGGGCUCCUCUUCUGUGUCAUGGUUUUUGCAUCUGCCGAGAGACCGGUCUUUACGAAUCAUUUUCUUGUGGAGUUGCAUAAAGGAGGGGAGGAAGAAGCUCGCCAAGUUGCAGCAGAAUACGGCUUUGGAGUCCGAAAGCUCCCCUUCACUGAAGGCCUGUACCACUUUUACCACAAUGGCCUUGCCAAGGCCAAGAGAAGACGCAGCCUGCACCACAAGCAGCAGCUGGAGAGAGACCCCAGGGUAAAGAUGGCCUUGCAACAGGAAGGAUUCAACCGAAAAAAGCGAGGGUAUAGAGACAUCAAUGAGAUUGACAUCAACAUGAAUGAUCCUCUUUUUACAAAGCAAUGGUAUCUGAUCAAUACCGGGCAAGCUGAUGGCACUCCUGGCCUUGAUUUGAACGUGGCAGAAGCCUGGGAGCUGGGGUACACAGGGAAAGGUGUCACCAUUGGAAUUAUGGACGAUGGGAUUGACUACCUCCACCCGGACCUGGCCUCAAACUACAAUGCCGAAGCGAGUUAUGACUUCAGCAGCAACGAUCCCUAUCCAUACCCCCGGUACACAGACGACUGGUUUAACAGCCACGGGACCCGCUGUGCAGGGGAAGUUUCUGCCGCUGCCAACAACAAUAUCUGUGGGGUCGGAGUGGCAUACAAUUCCAAGGUCGCAGGUAUCCGGAUGCUGGACCAGCCAUUUAUGACGGACAUCAUCGAGGCCUCCUCCAUCAGCCACAUGCCUCAGCUAAUCGAUAUCUACAGUGCCAGCUGGGGCCCCACAGACAAUGGGAAAACAGUGGAUGGGCCCCGAGAGCUCACACUUCAGGCGAUGGCUGACGGUGUGAACAAGGGCCGAGGGGGCAAAGGCAGCAUCUACGUGUGGGCCUCCGGGGACGGCGGCAGCUACGACGACUGUAACUGCGACGGCUACGCCUCGAGCAUGUGGACCAUCUCCAUCAACUCGGCCAUCAACGACGGCAGGACCGCGCUGUACGACGAGAGCUGCUCCUCCACCCUGGCCUCCACCUUCAGCAACGGCAGGAAGAGGAACCCCGAGGCCGGCGUGGCAACCACAGAUUUGUAUGGCAACUGCACUCUGAGGCAUUCUGGGACAUCUGCGGCUGCUCCUGAGGCAGCUGGAGUGUUUGCACUGGCUUUAGAGGCUAACCUGGGUCUGACCUGGAGAGACAUGCAACAUCUGACUGUGCUCACCUCCAAACGGAACCAGCUUCAUGACGAGGUCCAUCAGUGGCGGAGGAAUGGAGUCGGCCUGGAGUUUAAUCACCUCUUUGGCUACGGGGUCCUUGACGCAGGCGCCAUGGUGAAAAUGGCUAAAGACUGGAAAACCGUGCCUGAGAGAUUCCACUGUGUGGGAGGCUCCGUGCAGGACCCUGAGAAAAUACCAUCCACUGGCAAGUUGGUGCUGACCCUCACAACCGAUGCGUGUGAGGGGAAGGAAAAUUUUGUCCGCUACCUCGAGCACGUCCAAGCUGUCAUCACGGUCAACGCAACCAGGAGAGGAGACCUGAACAUCAACAUGACCUCCCCUAUGGGCACCAAGUCCAUUUUGCUGAGCCGGCGUCCGAGGGAUGACGACUCCAAGGUGGGCUUUGACAAGUGGCCUUUCAUGACCACCCACACUUGGGGAGAAGACGCCCGAGGAACCUGGACCCUGGAGUUGGGGUUUGUCGGGAGCACACCCCAGAAGGGGGUGCUGAAAGAGUGGACACUGAUGCUGCAUGGCACGCAGAGCGCCCCUUACAUUGAUCAGGUGGUGAGGGAUUACCAGUCCAAGCUGGCCAUGUCCAAGAAGGAGGAGCUGGAGGAAGAGCUGGACGAAGCUGUGGAGAGAAGCCUGAAGAGCAUCCUGCGCAACAACUAG